AUGGUGGAAGUCUGUGGCAGUGGAGGUGGAAGUGGCGGCAGUGACGGUGGUGAUGGAAGUCAGCGGAGGUGGAUUACGGCGACGUUGGUGGCGGUGGAGGUGGAUGUGGAGGUGGAGGUGACAGCGACGGUGGUGGAAGGUAGCAGUAGUGAUGGAAUUCAGUGGUCGUGGCGGCCGCGGAAGUCGGUGGAGGUGGCGGUGGAAGCGGCAGUGGUCGUGGAAGGUGGCGGCGAUGGUGAAGGGCGCGACAAUGGUGAUGGUGGUGGUGGAAAUGACGGUAGUAGAAGGUUGUGGAGGUGGCAGUGUUCAAAGGUGGUAGUGGUGGAAGGUAGUGGCCACGGUAGAGGCAACAGUGGAGGUGGCAGCGGUUUGGUGAUUGAAGGUGGCAAUAAUAGUGGCGGUGGCAGUGACCGCGGUGGAAGACAAUAG